GUUGUGGAUCGGACCCCUCCCACCAUCACUCUUCUGGAUACCAGUCCAGCCUAUAAAGCUGGACAGGACUAUUCGACUGUGGCUGGGACGGGCCGGAUCACAUACGUCCUUGCAGGCUCCAAUUUUGUCGACCCUGGAGCCAGGGUUGUGGACGACGUGGAUGGUGACAUAACCGCCUCCCUUGCACGGUCCUACCCAUCCGGAUACCCUCUGGACACGCAUGUGCCUCGUGAUGAAUCCAAUCCCUUUGUCAUUGCCUACACAGCGUGGGACUCCGCAGGCAAUGUUGCUGUCGCUUUCCGCCGAGUCUAUGUGGUUUGUCCUGAAGGAGAGCGGGUGUGCAGUGCAGCGGACACCAGCGACGGUGUUCCCACAUGCAGCGUUGGCGGGGGCAUUUGUGGAACAACGAUAACCCAAACCAGUAGCAACACCAGCAUUAGCCCAGCAGCCGCCGCUGUUAACACGCCACCGGUAUUAACGCUGCUCGGUAAGACCCUUGCCGCAAUGGUGGCCGAUGGCGGCGGUGGGUACGGGCCCUGCAUGCAGCCGGCAGGCAUAACGGACCUCUGUGACCCAGGGGUCACUGCCGUGGAUGCUGAAGAUGGCAACCUGGGCCCAUUGGUGCGCGCGUGCGGGGAAGUUUACACAGUUACUGCCAGUAUUGGUGGAGUCAGCCGCACUCGCAGCAGCCUGGCGGCAUGCAGUAUCAACACAGCGGUGCCUGGGGAUUACGUAGUGAACUACACGGUCUCGGAUUCGGGUGGAGCAGCGGUGUGGGCAGUGCGCACCCUGAGGGUCUGCCCGCAGAGUGAAUACGUCUGCUCCGACAACUCCUGCUCGCAAG